AAAUCAUUUGAAUCUGAACUAGGUAUAAUUUCACAUCCAUUAAACUAUGAACCAUUAGAAGAUAUUGUUCAGGAUCGUUUAAAAUAUCUUGAUCAUGAUAUAAACAAUGAUAAUGUAAAACCUAAUAAUAAGAUUGAACAUGCUGAUAUUUUCUCAAAGUGGAAGGAUGGUUCUAGGAUUACUAAGAAUGUUUUGAUGGAUCAUAAUCAAUUGAUUAUUCAUAUUUCUAAAGGGGUGUUAAAAAUUAAUAAUAAAUUGAAGAAGGUUGUAUUUAUAACUUCAUCUGAUAAAAAAUUAACAAUUAUCGACCUCGAAAGUUUGAAAGUGAUAAGGGUUCUGGAGAAUCUACAUACAAGUGUUGGGAAAUGUUCAUAUGUUAUUAAUGGUAGUGAUAAGUUCUUAAGUUGUGGUAUGGAUGGGAAGAUUAAAUUAUUUAAACUGGAUGAAGAUAAAGUUUCAAUGAUUAGUGAAGUUCAAUUACAUAAAAGACUGGUCACUGAUUUCAAAGUAUGGAUUGAUCAAGACGAUGGAACACCAUUCAUUUGUUCAAUUGGUUGGGAUUUCCAAUUGAAAAUAUCAAGAAUAGUAAACGAUUCAAUUGAAAUCAUUUCAAAUUUUAAAUUAUUAUCAAAUGCAACAUCAAUUGAAUUAGGAAUUUAUGGAAAGACACCUAUUGUGUUUUUAACAAGAUUAGACUCUACACAACUAAGUCUAUUCACAUUUAAACAACCCCAUAUUUUUGAAAUAUCUAGAAUUUCAUUAAACGAUGCAGAAUUUUCCACACAUGGAUUCACACCAAUGAGUAUAUCAUUAACAUCUCACAAGCUCGAUUCCAAUACAUUUAUCGCUGUGGGUACUUCACAUGUUCCAUACAUGAGAUUAAUCAUUAUAAAAUUACCACCACUGGAUCCAUUAUUAACAAAUCUUGAAAUCGAAACUGAACAACACCUAACCUCGGCACAAGUGCAUCGUGGGUUAAUAAUUGGUAAUUAUAAUACAUUAUCACCACAGGAUAAGUAUUCCCAGGGGGUUGUGCAUUGGAGAAAUGAUGGGUCUGGGGUUUGGAUAAGUGGUGAUGAUGGGAUUAUUAGGGGUUUAGAUUUGAAGAAUGGUGAAGUUGUUCAAGAGCAUAAAGGUCAUGACAAGAGGAUAAAGUGUUUGGUUGUGGAUGAGUUACAAGGUCAGGGGGAAGUUUUGAUUAGUUCUGGGAUUGAUAAGAAAUUGAUAUAUUGGAGUUGAUCAUGUAUAUUUAACGUUUAAGUAAAGCUGGUCUUUGACGAAGUUUGAUCAAGAGGAAUAUUGUUUUGAAUAA